GUCGAUGGGAGUUGGGCGAUAGAUGCAGGGUUGUCCGUAUUUAUGAGAUGAAAGCCGAAUUGGCGUAAUCCAGUCGGAGGAAGUUCCUUCUUGUUUUUGAUACAGCAGCUCACUUUUUUCUUGGUACAUUAUCGAGCGUUGAAAUUUCCUGGUAGAUAAUAGCAAAGAGCAGCCUCAAAAUGCCUGGCGAGAAAAGCCACAAAGAGCGGACUGUCCCGAUGGAAGUCCUGGUACUGGGACUCUGCCGCACCGGGACAAUGUCAAUGAGAAUUGCCCUAGAAAAACUCGGCUAUGAAAAUGUUUAUCAUUUUUCCAGUGUCUUUGAGCACGAGACACAUCCCGAGCUCUGGAUCUCGGCACUGAAGGCAAAAUACGAACAGAAAGGAAAGGAGUCAACAAAUCAGUUCUCAAAAGAGUAUUGGGACGACAUCCUCGGAGAAUACAGUGCAGUUACAGAUAUCCCAUGCGCGUGCUUCGCACCCGAACUCAUCGCGGCAUACCCAAACGCCAAGUUAAUCCUCACUACCCGCUCAUCAACAAGCUGGCAUACAUCUGUGCUUCGAACGAUACACGCACUUCAAAGUUCCUAUCUGAAUCGCUUCCUCCUCCUGUUUUCCGCCGCUUAUCUCAACCGCAUCUCAUCACUCAUGGAUCUCAUCAUCGAGCACUAUUUCCGCGGCAAUAUCCCACAUUUUGGUGUACAAGUAUUUAAAGAGCAUAACGAGAUGGUGAGGAGAAGUGCGAAAGAUGAGGGCAGAGAAUUGCUGGAGUUUAACUUGGGUGAUGGGUGGGUGGAGCUAUGUAGAUUCUUAGGAAAGGACGUCCCUGAUUUGGAUUUUCCGCAUGUUAAUGAGAGGGAUUCGUGGAGGAGGUCGUUUGGUUUGGGAUGGAGUGGGAGGAAUGUACUUCUUUCUGGGUUGCCUGUUGUUGUUGGAGUUCUGGGGAUUUGGCUUGCGUCUUGGAAGCAGUAGCCUGGGCGGAAUUGAGACUCGCGAAGUCGAGCGUUAUGCCUUGCAUGACCGAGUUGACAGCUGCUUCGAAGCUUGCUUCUUGUUGAAAAGAUUAUUUCGAUCUCUGGUGCACGUUACGACUUAGGCCUAGAUUUGACCUCGUGCACUAACAUUCGCAUGAGAACCUACUACUUUCGAUUGACCUGUGUCAUGAAAGCUUGCAGAGGC